CCACAUUAGAUUCAUAUAAAUUACUUGGAUGAGUUGAAAUGGGACAUAAUCUUUAAUGCAACGGAAGUAUGACUAUAUUGGCUUACUGUAGAAGACGGGAAACAUGCCAGAGUAUGAGAGCACGUUGACACAUGCUCUGCUGAAAGUCACCAUGCCACUUUGGACAGAAAUGUCUAUAUCAGAAUCCUGAAACCUGGAAUAUGUCUUAAUUUCACCUUCCUUCAGUAUAAUGUUACAUAUUGCUUCUACAAUUGUGAAAGCUGACUGAAAAAUAUGCAAAGCAUGUGAAUAGAAAAAAAAAUACAUCUAAUAUCCACAAGACUCUUUUUCACAUCCCUUCAUCAAACUUUCCUGUUCUACAUUCCCAUUUCUUCCUUCCUGAAUCCUCUGUCCUAUCACACAUCAGGCCAUGCCACGCAAAAGAAGUCCUCUCAUCAUUUGUGGUGCUUUCAUAUUUGUAGCAUGGAACGCUAUUCUUAUUUUUGUCCUCAUGAGACGCCCUUCCACUCAAGGGGCUCUUGACAGCCCGGACGAACUUGGUAACAUGGGUGACAGAGCCGGAGGAGGCCAGUUUGGAAAUAUUAUGAAUAAGGUGAUGCAUGUAGCUAAUGCAUUUGAAGCUGAAAUUGAAUCGCAGAAGAAGAUCCUAUUGCAAAUCCAGAGCCAUUGGUCGGUUUGGGAGAACAAAGGUGGUGUGACAUCUGCUAAAUCAAAAUCACAAGCUGAACAUUUAGCUCCGGUGGUCAUCCCUAUUUUAGUCAUUGCCUGUAAUCGUGUGACAGUGAAACGCUGCCUUGACAAACUCAUUGAGCACAGACCGUCGGCCGAACUCUAUCCAAUCAUAGUGAGCCAGGACUGUGGACACGCAGAAACAUCUGACGUGAUUGCCUCGUAUGGCAGUCAGCUGACUCAUAUCAAACAGCCUGAUCUUUCUGAUAUCUCAGUACCUCCACAGCAUAAGAAGUUCCAGGGUUACUACAAAAUCUCAAGACAUUACCGUUGGGCAUUCAACCAGGUUUUCAACACCUUUUCAUACUCCUCAGUUGUUGUUGUGGAGGAUGAUUUGGAGGUUGCCCCUGAUUUUUUUGAGUACUUCAGAGCACUUCAUCCGAUUUUAAAAUCAGACCCGACUCUGUGGUGUGUGUCUGCCUGGAAUGACAAUGGCAGGGAAGGAUUUGUGGACCCUGGAAAAGCGAGCCUGUUGUACAGGACAGAUUUUUUCCCAGGCUUGGGUUGGAUGUUCACAAAAGACCUCUGGGCAGAGAUCGAGCCAAAAUGGCCGGCCUCGUUUUGGGACGACUGGAUGCGCCACCCCAGUCAGCGCAGAGACAGGUCCUGCAUCAGACCAGAAAUUUCCAGAACUUUAACGUUCGGUCGGAAGGGUGUGAGUUUAGGGCAGUUUUACGACAAGUAUCUCCGCUUUAUUAAGCUCAAUACCGAAUUUGUGCCUUUUACAAAAAUGGACCUUUCUUAUUUAGAAAAGAAGAAAUAUGAUGAGAGUUUUGAGAAGGAGGUUUACGGUGCUCCGGUUGUCACCGUGGAGGACUUGCAAAGUGGGAAACUAACUGGGUCUGGCCCAUUUCGGGUGCAGUAUUCUAGCCCUGACAGUUUUAAAACAUUGGCUCGCAAUCUUGGUGUGAUGGAUGACCUGAAGUCAGGAGUCCCACGAGCCGGGUAUAGAGGUGUAGUUCAUUUCCUUUUCCGUGGAAAGAGGGUCUAUUUAGCUCCACCAGCAGGAUGGAGCCAGUACGAUCCGAGCUGGAGUUGAAGUGGGCUUCACCUACUGUACAUCACAGGAAUUUUUUAUUAAGAUGUGAAACACAUGGAAAUUCUAUUUCAUAUUACCUGUUCUGUAUCACCUUGCCUUAAUUCCAUUGUGCUGCUUAAUGAUGGAAAAACCUCUAGUAAGGGUUUUAGAAAAGAGAUAUGAUACCAAAGAUGAUAACGUAUUGAUCACUCAGACUUUUUGCCUCAGGUUUCAUUAUUUGUCUUUAUGAAGUCAGCUAGGAUUUAUCUGAGAACUAUGUCACCAUUAAACUCACAGAUUAAACCUAAAUCUUACGCUGACCAGCUAUACACAUUUUUCACACCAAGUAUAUUUGUCCAGGAACUAAAAAUGGGGGUAAAUAUGUUUAAAAAAACACUUAUUUUUAAGACUGUGAAUACUGCUCUAAGUGCCUUUGAAUGUAGGUUUUUUUUUUUGCUUCACCUCUUUGUCUUUAUUUGUCACUUUUUUUGUCACUUUCACUUUAUUAAAUUGUGUAUGGUUCAUGGCAUAGUGUUUGAAAUAUGUGAGGAAAAAUCAUUUGACACUUAUGUUUUGUGUUUUACUUAUAUUAUUAUGACUCAUUUAUUGCUCAGAUAAAUAAAAAUGCUAAUAAAAUAAUACACUAGAAUAUUCAUAACUGCAGCAACAAUAUUUCAAUUCAGUCCUAAGCAUACAACAAAAAGAAUUUACAUAUAAAAAAAUAAAAAUAAUGAAAACAUACUAAUACGGAGGGUUUAUGAAAAAGAGAAAUAAAAAUAAAAACAGCAGAUCAAAGUUUCACAUUUCAAUUUAACGUUACGUUACCAAAUAAAAUUGUAUCUAUUUUGUUAGCAAUACGAGAGUCAAAGAAGACAUUGAACCAUAAAUACCCAAAAAACAUAGUUUAGAAAUACUAUUUUUUUCUUUUGUGUAUAAAAUUUACCAAAUAAAAAUUAUGAUUAUUUAUUAGCCACACAAACGAGUCAAAGAAAGUCACUAAAACGCUCCCACGUUAUUACGUUACACGACGUCAACUACAGUAGCUCAUUAGUCCUAAAGGCUUUCGUUUCGCGUUUUAUAUUUACCUCACUCAUAUAUUACAUUUCGUGUUGUUGAAUGGCGGAGGGAGUGCGAUGUUAGCCAUGGGGCAAAACUGAGGCGUAGAAUGGACUUUUGGCGAUUAUUUGUCAUGUAAUCUGCAUAUUCUUCAGUUUAUCUUUCAUGGCACUUUUAAACUCAUCAAACCGGUUUA